AUGGAUUCAUCCCAGCUCUACUUUUUCUGGUUGAUCAUCAUAUUUUGUACAAUUUCUACCAUUCUCAUCCAAGAAAACCAAAUUAUAAUUCAAGCACAUGAAAUUGCCCCUAAUCAUCAUCACUACGAACCUCCAACAAAUGUCACAAAAACCUUCUACUUUCCAAACUUUAUUACCCCAACCCACCAACUCAAACUACUUGGAAAUGCCACUCAUAAUCAAAACGGUGUCGUUCAAAUACCCCAUUCAUCAUCAUCACCACCCGUUGAUCUUACAAACCAAGUAGGCCGAGUCAUAUACUCUUCUCCCAUUCGUCUCUUUGACCCGUUGACCAACACUCCAGCCUCUUUCAAAACUACCUUCUCAUUCCAACUAAACUCUACCGGCACCGCCUCCACUGGUCGGGAGAAACACUACGCCGGAGGCGGCGGACUGGCCUUCAUUAUAGUCCCUGACGAGUUCACUCUCGGCCGGUCGGGCCCUUGGCUUGGAAUCCUCAAUGACGCUUGUAACCACUACAAGGCUUUCGCCGUAGAGUUCGACUCCAGCCAUGACCCGGAACUCGGUGAUCCAAACGAUGAUCAUGUCGGAAUAAACGCCGGCGCAGCCGUAUCAUUCAAGACUGCCGUUUUACCUUCAUCAGAAGCUAGAGUUUCUCUUCAUAAUAGCUCAGUCCAUCGAGCUUGGAUUAACUAUGACGAAAAGAAUAAGUGGAUCAAAGUCUUUUUAGGAUUAGAUGGUGACCCAGUUCCGCAAAAACCUGUAUUAUCUUCCCCUUUAAAUCUUUCACCUUUUCUCCAAGAGUACAUGUUUGUUGGGUUUAGUGCCUCGACCGGAAACUCUUCUCAGAUUCAUAACAUAUUUUCUUGGAACUUUUCCUCUGUUUCCCAAGCUUUUGUUCGAUCUCGUACGUCAAAAAUUUGUCAUAGGAAUUUGGCUCGUCAAGUUUCAAAAUAUUCAGCUGAUUAUAAUAUCAAGUCUUACUAUGAUCCGCCGAGCAGUUUCAUGAUCUUUGUGGCUGUUUUGGGAUUGUUCUUAUUGGGUUGGCUUUGUUUUUACUUGAGCAGUCAACCAAGAAAGAGUUCGACAUUAACUACUUAUGAUAUCAGUAAUGUCUUUCUCGAGAAGAGGCGACGGCCGAGGCCACCGAGCAAGCCGAGACGGUUCUCUGUUCUGGAGCUCUCUCAAGCGACACGUCGUUUUAGCGAAGUGGAGGCUUUGGCGAGUGAUGCCAGUGGAGUUUUGUACAGAGGAACGAUGAGAAACGGUUGUCGUUUGGGAGUAAAGCGUUUCAAGACUAGUUGUCGUAGUCAACAGCAGCACUCGCUGAGUUGGUCAGGGUUGGAAUACGGUGGCCGAGUUUUGAAAAGAAUCGGUGAGUUGACUCAAGUGAGUCAUCCGACUUUGUCUCCGAUUCGCGGGUGGUGCUGUGACUCGGCCGAGACCAUUGUUGUCUACGAUUAUUACGUGAAUGGAAGCGUUGAGAAGUGGCUGUUGAUGGGGAUCGGGGCGAUUCCGUGGACUCGGCGAGUCAAACUCAUCAAAGACGUCGGGAAAGCCCUGAGUUUCUUGCAUUCGAAGGAACUCGUUCAUGCCAACGUGAAUGCAAGCAGUGUUUUUCUCGAUGUAAACUAUGAAGCCGUUUUAGGAGAUUAUGGUUUUGUCUUUUCUCCGGACCGAGGUCGAGAUAGGUCAUCAACUUCGACCUUUGUUGAGAAGAAACAAGACGUGUUCAAGUUUGGAAUGUUGGUGUUGGAGAUUGUGGCCGGAAGAAGAACCGUUGACUUUGACUUUGGCCAUGAUCAUGGUGAUCAUGAGAUGGGUAUUUUGGAAUUUGCAUUGAGAAUGGAAGAGAGAGGAGAGAUAGUGAAGGUGGUGGAUGAGAGAGUUAUGAGAAAAAACUGUGCUGGUGACUCGGAAGAAGGUGUUCGUUUUGUUGAGAUUGGGUUGAGUUGCUGUACAAGUGAGAAUAAUAGGAGGCCUUCCAUGGAUGAUGUGGUGCGACUGCUUAAUUAA